AUGAUAGCAAUUUUAAUGGGUUUGGAAAAUGGUUCUUUGGUGACUGAAUUCAUUCUACUGGGGUUGACAAAUGACCCUGAUCUCCAGUUACCCCUGUUCCUACUCUUUCUGUUAAUAUACACAACAACAGCACUGGGGAAUUUGGCUUUGAUCACUUUAAUUACACUGAAUUCUCACCUUCACACACCCAUGUAUUUUUUUCUUUUAAACUUGUCCUUCAUUGACCUCUGUUAUUCAUCUGUAAUUACACCCAAAAUGCUGAUGAACUUUUUAGUAAGAAAGAAUGUCAUCACCUACAUGGGAUGUAUGACCCAGCUCUAUUUCUUUUGUUUUUUUGCCAUUUGUGAAUGUUGUGUUCUGACAUCAAUGGCCUAUGAUCGUUAUGUGGCCAUAUGCAAUCCACUCUUGUAUAACAUUACUAUGUCUCCCAAGGUGUGUUCCUAUCUUAUGCUUGCUUCAUACAUAAUGGGAUUUUCUGGUGCCAUGAUCCACACUGGAUGCAUUCUAAGACUGACAUUCUGUGACAGGAACAUCAUCAACCACUAUUUCUGUGAUCUUUUCCCUUUGCUACAGCUCUCCUGUACAAGCACUUAUGCCAACGAAAUAGAGAUUCUAAUCGUAGGUGGUAAAGAUAUCAUUGUGCCCAGUAUUAUCAUCUUUACCUCUUAUGGUUUCAUUCUCUCUAAUAUCCUUCAAAUGAGAUCCACUGCAGGGAUGUCCAAAGCCUUUAGCACCUGCAGCUCCCAUAUACUUGCUGUUUCUUUAUUCUUUGGCUCAUGUGCAUUUAUGUAUCUUCAACCCUCAUCACCUGGAUCUAUGGAUCAGGGAAAAGUCUCCUCUGUCUUUUAUACCAUUGUGCUUCCACUGAUGAACCCCUUAAUCUAUAGCUUUAGAAACAAGGAUGUUAAAAUUGCCCUGAGAAAAAUCUUUAGCAAGAGGAAGUUUUCAUAA